AAAUCAGAAGAGCAAGCUCUGCUGUCAACUAUUUCAAGAAUCGUGUAUUGAAGCAUAAUGCUACUACAUAAAGCAGAGAAAGGAAGAACCGAGUAAGGCCUGAUUGUUGGUAGUGACAUGGAGGACAGGGCUGGCAUUUCCAACUGCCAGCUCUUUUUACCAGUCACUGCAUGACUUGAAUAGAAGCUAUGCCUACUGGCUGGGCAGCAAAGCCAAGGAACAAACGCUAUGGCAGUUAGAAUGGUCCCUCUGAGCCCGGGGCCUUUUCCCUGGAUUUUAACACCAUGGAUCUCUUCCUUUCCAUCCCAUCAGCCAUGUGGUACCUUUUUCUAUUUGAUGACAACAGCCAAUACUUAGGAUCUGCCUGACUAGGGUUCGAGACCUUCUGAGUCACAGCCGAGGAAAAUGAAAUUUCCAUUUUAUUUGGUGCCUUGUGCAGGGAGCACACUGACUCUUCCAGGAACUUGUGAGUGAAAAAGAGGUUGAGUUUUGACAAACAAACUCAUGGUUAUGGCGAGUGAUCCGACGUGAUCAGAGUGGGCAAGAGCCACGGAGAACUCAUGACAGGCUAUACCAUGUUGCGGAAUGGGGGAGUGGGGAAUGGUGGUCAGACCUGUAUGCUGCGCUGGUCCAACCGCAUCCGGCUGACGUGGCUGAGUUUUACACUCUUCAUCAUCCUGGUCUUCUUCCCCCUCAUCGCUCACUAUUACCUCACCACUCUAGAUGAGGCAGAUGAAGCCGGCAAGCGCAUCUUUGGGCCUCGGGCUGGCAACGAGCUCUGUGAGGUAAAGCACGUUCUAGAUCUUUGCCGGAUUCGUGAGUCUGUGAGCGAAGAGCUUCUACAGCUAGAAGCCAAGCGGCAAGAGCUGAACAGUGAAAUCGCCAAACUAAACCUCAAGAUUGAAGCCUGUAAGAAGAGCAUAGAGAAUGCCAAGCAGGACCUGCUGCAGCUCAAGAACGUCAUUAGCCAGACAGAGCACUCCUACAAGGAGCUGAUGGCCCAGAACCAGCCCAAACUGUCCCUGCCCAUCCGACUGCUCCCUGAGAAGGACGAUGCUGGCCUCCCGCCCCCCAAGGUCACUCGGGGUUGCCGGCUACACAACUGCUUUGAUUACUCUCGCUGUCCUCUGACCUCUGGCUUUCCUGUCUAUGUCUAUGACAGUGACCAGUUUGCCUUUGGGAGCUACCUGGACCCUUUGGUCAAGCAGGCUUUUCAGGCUACAGCGAGAGCCAAUGUGUAUGUUACAGAAAACGCAGCCAUUGCCUGCCUGUAUGUGGUGUUAGUGGGGGAAAUGCAGGAGCCUGCCGUGCUGCGGCCCGCCGACCUCGAGAAGCAGUUGUAUUCUCUGCCACACUGGAGGACGGAUGGGCACAACCAUGUCAUCAUCAACCUGUCCCGGAAGUCGGACACACAGAACUUACUGUACAACGUCAGUACAGGCCGGGCCAUGGUGGCCCAAUCCACGUUCUAUGCUGCCCAGUACAGGCCCGGCUUUGACUUGGUAGUGUCACCACUUGUCCAUGCCAUGUCUGAACCCAACUUCAUGGAAAUCCCACCGCAGGUGCCGGUUAAGCGGAAGUAUCUCUUCACUUUCCAGGGUGAGAAGAUUGAGUCCCUGAGGUCUAGCCUUCAGGAGGCCCGUUCCUUUGAGGAAGAGAUGGAGGGCGACCCGCCAGCUGACUACGACGACCGGAUCAUUGCCACCCUGAAGGCUGUACAGGACAGCAAGUUAGAUCAGGUGCUGGUGGAAUUUACCUGCAAAAACCAGCCGAAGGCCAGCCUGCCCACUGAGUGGGCGCUCUGUGGGGAGCGGGAAGACCGCCUCGAGUUACUGAAGCUCUCCACCUUCGCCCUCAUCAUUACUCCUGGGGACCCGCACUUGGUUAUCUCAUCUGGGUGUGCAACACGGCUCUUCGAGGCCCUGGAAGUGGGAGCUGUGCCGGUUGUACUGGGGGAGCAGGUACAGCUCCCGUACCAUGACAUGCUGGAGUGGAAUGAGGCCGCCCUGGUGGUGCCCAAGCCGCGAGUUACAGAGGUUCACUUCCUGUUACGAAGUCUUUCGGACAGUGAUCUGUUGGCCAUGAGGCGGCAAGGCCGCUUUCUCUGGGAGACCUACUUCUCCACUGCUGACAGUAUUUUUAAUACCGUGCUGGCCAUGAUUAGGACUCGCAUCCAGAUCCCAGCUGCUCCCAUCCGGGAAGAGGUAGCAGCUGAGAUCCCCCAUCGUUCAGGAAAAGCAGCAGGAACUGACCCCAACAUGGCUGACAAUGGGGACCUGGACCUGGGGCCGGUAGAGACAGAACCGCCCUAUGCCUCACCUAAAUACCUCCGAAACUUUACUCUGACUGUCACAGACUGUUACCGUAGCUGGAACUCUGCACCCGGGCCUUUCCAUCUUUUCCCCCACACACCCUUUGACCCUGUGUUGCCCUCUGAGGCCAAAUUCCUGGGCUCAGGGACUGGAUUUCGGCCCAUCGGUGGCGGGGCUGGGGGCUCUGGCAAGGAGUUCCAGGCCGCACUUGGAGGCAAUGUCCCGAGGGAGCAGUUCACAGUUGUGAUGCUGACCUAUGAGCGGGAGGAAGUGCUCAUGAACUCCCUGGAGAGACUCAACGGCCUCCCCUACCUGAACAAGGUAGUGGUGGUGUGGAACUCUCCCAAGCUGCCCUCGGAGGACCUUUUGUGGCCAGACAUUGGUGUCCCCAUCAUGGUUGUCCGCACUGAGAAAAACAGUUUGAACAAUCGAUUCUUGCCCUGGAAUGAGAUUGAGACAGAGGCCAUACUGUCUAUUGAUGACGAUGCUCACCUCCGCCAUGAUGAAAUCAUGUUUGGGUUUCGGGUGUGGAGAGAGGCACGUGAUCGAAUUGUGGGUUUCCCUGGCCGGUACCAUGCGUGGGACAUCCCUCACCAGUCGUGGCUCUACAACUCCAACUACUCCUGCGAGCUGUCCAUGGUGCUGACAGGUGCUGCCUUCUUUCACAAGUAUUAUGCCUACCUGUAUUCUUAUGUGAUGCCCCAGGCCAUCCGAGACAUGGUGGAUGAGUACAUCAACUGUGAGGAUAUUGCUAUGAACUUCCUGGUCUCCCACAUCACACGGAAGCCCCCCAUCAAGGUGACAUCGAGGUGGACUUUCCGAUGCCCAGGGUGCCCUCAGGCCCUGUCCCAUGAUGACUCUCACUUUCACGAGCGGCACAAGUGUAUCAACUUCUUUGUCAAGGUGUACGGCUACAUGCCCCUCUUGUACACGCAGUUCAGGGUGGACUCUGUGCUCUUCAAGACCCGCCUGCCCCACGACAAGACCAAGUGCUUCAAGUUCAUCUAGGGCCUUGCCAGUUCUGAAGAGACGAGGAGCAGAGUGAGGGGAGCCGCUCCCAAGGUUCCCAGGCACUGAAGGACCUUGGGGACAUCUGUGGCGCGGGGCCCAGACCCUUUGCUGGGGGAGGCAGCAGGAAGAGUGGAAAGGGUAGCUGUCUUUAUCCUGAAGUCAGCCACACUGGGCCCAGAAUCCUGGUCAGCAGACUCAGGGCUUCUGCACAGGGCACUGACUGAUAGCGAACACUGAGGACUGUGGGGACUCUGUGGAGAGUCACUAGUUCAUAAGCCCAGGACGGCUGGUUCGUGGUUUUUUAAAUUCAAUAACAACUAUUAUUAUUUAAAGAGUUUUCACAUCUGCCAUUCUAGACUUAUUUAUAUGUGUGCGUAUAUGUACACACACACACACACACACACACACACACACACACACACACACACACAAUUUGGUGGGGUGAGGGUACACCUGAAAUUUCUGCCAAUCUCUCCAAGGGAGAGACCUAGCUGGCUCUGUAUUAGUGGAGAGGGUCCUGACCCUGUUACCUGGACUGUCCUCGCAGCCCCAUCCUCACAGUGGCACUGACUGCAGAAAUAAGCAGGAUGGACUUGGCCCAGGCAAGAUCUCCUGUUGUUCUGACCCCUUUCUGUUGCCUCAGUGAUGCUACCACAGCUGCUUCUCCUGCUGGAGGCUGCACAGUGGGGACCAGGAGCCGUGAUCCCGGGCUUUGGGGGCUGGUGCCAGGCGGCACUUCCUGUCACUGGGCUUACUGCUCCUCUCCCAUUCCUUCCUGUGUUUGAGAGAGAAUAAGGAGCCCUGAGGCAGGGAUGAGGCCUGCCCAGUGGCUCUUUAGCUCACCCUCCUGGUGACACUGGUGCAGGGCACUGGUGGCAGGUUCCUGUAGUACUUGCUUCUCUGGAGGAGGCAACAGGAAAUUGGCAGGCUGGAAGGCCUCGGCUGGGAGCUUGUGUGGUGUAGAACUAGCCUGUGUCCUUUUGAGGAUUCCAGAGUCUCACGGCAGGGCACGUGACUUGGGAUGAACACCCAGGUGAGCUCACCUUCCCACUUCGUCUGGACUCCAUCCUGUACCCAUGGGGUUUAGAUCCCUGAUGCUGUGUUGGCUGUAGGAAGCCCCCUCUUUCAAGGUCUGGGAUGUCCUAGAAUCUGGAGGCUGGGAUUUGCUAGGAGAGUUCUAGUCUGGUCUUGGAAGUUAACAGGCAUUCACCCCUACGUUACCACUCUCCACUCCUUGUUAUGGUUCUGUUCCCAGGGCUGAAAGUGAAAUAAGCUAAUUUCGGGUGUGGUGGCAGCCGGAAACUGGAAGCGUUGUGUUGUGUCAGGGAUUCAGCCUGUGACUUGUCGCCCCAGCCCCACGUGGUUGAAGUGGGACCGAGUGUUUCCAGCAGCUGAACCAGAGCUCAGGUCUGUCCUGGUCAUGCACCUGCCUUAAGCCAGUCCGUCUUCCUCGGCCCUGAGUGAGUGCUGCUGUUUGGGGUCCUUUCCUGCCUGCUGUCCUGACUUCUCUGUAGAUCCUUCUGCUGUAGGGCUGGCGUGGGCCCUGGGAGGCCCUCUGGCCAGCAGGACCAGGCUGCUGCAGAGCUUCCACUGGUGUCUUCUCGAACCUGACACCAAGGGCCUCCUGGGACAUUGAGUUCUUGGCAUCUCAGCAAAGGGGUCCAGACUCCUUACCCCAACUUUCUGCCCUCUUACUAGUCCUUGUAGCAGUAACCCUCUUCCCUCAGGGGAGCCAAAGAGUGUGGUGUUUUUUUGCUAAAUAUGUGGCUGCUAUUUUUUUUUCUUUUUUUUACUUUCCAGUAUUGCCAUGAGCCCCAUCCCUAUCCGCCUUGUUUCUUUUGAUGUGAGGACUUGUGAAUUGAUGCUGUGGCACCUGAUGAGAAAGUCAGUCUCUAUGGUAGAACCCCUUUGUAGGGCACUGAAAGCUGUUUUGGUCACUCAUGGGUAUCAUCACAGUGUCUUUCAGGGAUAGUGAUGUCAGAGCAUCCUAUGGGAUGGCAUCCCUGGGCCUGGUGGGAACACUAACUGAAGGACCCCAGCAGCAAGUAUGGACAGUGACUGUGUAUCUGAGGGACUCUUUCAGAGGCAAGAGGCAGACAAAGUGGUUGGACACUGCUUGUCAUUUGGGUUAGGGAGCUAGGGGACAUGCUUGGAAACGAUUUUCCCGUCACAAGUGUCGGGAGCCUGCCUGGUGUUGGGUGCCGCUCCCCAUGGGUCACCCCUAGUGCAGACUCCUAACAGGGGUGCACCUGGCUACCUAGUUUCAGCUUCCAGGGCCAGGACAGCUUUGUUUUUCAGUUGCUCUUUAUCUUGAGGGCAAGGGCCACCCACAGAGUGACAGUCCCCCAGGGUGCCUCAGGCCAGUGGACCACCUACAAUGCUCCUGUCUGGGGUGGCCUUGUGAGGGAACAUGGAGCUGGAGGGUGGCGCUGCCUGGGGCAGCUCUGAUAACAUAAUUUGUCCAUCUGUCUGCCCCUUUCAAACCGUGAGCACAAAGGUCUUACGUUGGAUUUUUGUAAAAAACUAAAUAA